GUCAGCUGGUAAAAAGAAAGAGAGGAGAGGAUACAAGACCAAAGAAGUAGAUAAGAAGAGGGACAAGGACCAAGCUGCAAACCAGGAAAGAGGGACAGAGUACUAAUGCUGGUCAUCUUUUUACUGAGCAUUAACGUGGGAAGACACUGAACUCAAAACUUACAAAAAGGGGAGUUAUCGAAUUCAGUUAAUUAAUACAAGAGUAACUAAUUCUGGAAUUUACCCCUGUUGAAGAGACAAAAAACUCUGCCAUCUGAGUUACCUUUCUCGUGGUAACAGCAACUGUGGGAUUUACCGGGUGAACACCUGACCUUCGGCAUCAAGAUGAGGCUUUUCAACCCAAUCCUUCUUCUUCUACUGCUACUGUCGAUGUCGAUGUUGCUGUCGGCGAGACCACAAAGAAAAGUUACCCUGAAUAUGCGCAGAAAAUUCCGACGACACCAUUGUCCGCACAAUCGGUGCCUACCACUGCAUUCACGUGUGCCGUUCCCCUGAGGUGACACUUCUGGAAAAAAAAGAGACAAUCUGUGGAAAGCGAACUUCUAGAAACAAUGGAAUAUCGAGACCCACUGUCACACUCGGCUUCUAGGAAAUCCUGUGCUGAGAGGAGAUAUGCCAAGAAGCUGCACUGCUGUGUGUCUGUCUCAGUCUCUCAAAUGUCUGUUUCUACUGAUAAUGAUCCUUUGCCACCAUCUGUAUCGAGCUGUACUCUCAUAUAAGUAUACAGUGUUCUUAAGCUGUCAUUACUCAUAGCUGCUGUAAAUACUUUUAAACAUGAGAAUGACAUUUUGUAAAGUAUUAUUUGAAAUGUGUUUAUUUGUUAGUCCUGCACUUCAAAUGUUUUAUUAAUGAAUAUUAAAUAGUGUGUAUACUGAAGUCUGAACUUUGUGAAAACGAAAUGUUUCCUUCUUUAAGCUUCUCAUAGUUCAAACAUCAACAACAUCUGUAAGCCGAAUUUGUGUGGUAAUCAAAGCCUUAGCAUGUGAUAGGAUGUAGAGCACAGUAUCAGCAGAGUAAAAUAAUGUGUUCGUUAGUGACUCCAUGGGGGGUGGCACAGAGAGACUGUCAGUCAUGUACUAGAACGUGUAUUUGGGUCCGGCUGCUGCCUGUCCUGAGUCUUAGGCUCUGGAGGUGCUCUGAGUUCUCCAUUGAUGUCCUCUGCUGAUUGCAGUGCUAAGGCUCACUGAUGGCCUCUUGGAGCAGUAAACGGUGCUUAGACUUAGAAAAACUUGAAUGAUACACAAGAAUUAGCUUUCAAACGUUUCUACGUUUCCCCACUUCCAACUCAGGAGAAAGUGUGGUAGUCUUACUGCAACCUCCUCAGAGAGUCAUCCAGUCCAGGUCCAUGUAAACCCUUAAACCAUUCUUUUUUUUUUUUUAUUAUUUGAUCAUUUAUAGCUAAUUAUUUUUGGACCAUUUUGGGUCCAAAAAGAAUUAGCUAUAAAUGAUCAAAUUGUGCUACAUCAUUGAAAAAUGCAUGUCUACAAAUGGGGACCAUGUGCACCAAUAGAACAAGGUUAUUGUGUCCAUUGGCCAAUAAAAAACGGAUAUGAUUGAGACACAUUAGCUCAAUCUGUCAUGAUGAAUCACUCACUUCACGUAUAGCACAACACAUUGUUCCUGCUGCUGCUUAGCUUGGCUUAUUAGAUAGCUAGCCUACUGGCGAGCAUGGCGAAAUAUUUGAGUCAGUCCACAUCAAGUCACGCUAAGAUUGGUUUUAUUGAGAACAGCAACAGGAGACCUAAAUACGUCAUGUGGCUUCAGGUGCUGGCAAGGGAAGCAUGAAAUCAGCCAGGCUAUAGCGACAUCUACAAAGCACCCAAAUUAUUAUUGUGUUCUUCACUAUAAAUAAGUAUGGUAUAUUUAGGUCGAAAAGUUUUAGAAUACAAAUAGUUCCAAUGACACAAAGUACAAAUGGCAGUAAGCAUAUGCUUAAUCUGUGUUAUGAGGGUGGUCCUUGGAACAUUUUCUACCCUGUAAUCAGUCCCUGGCCCCAAAAAGUUUAAGAACCCCCGCAUUAAACUAUUUGAAGGACUUAAAGAGAAACUUUUAUUUUUCAACGCUAUUUUCGAUCUUUUUGGGUAACAUUUUUGACUAGGAACAAAAUCUAUAAAAAUUGGCCCAGUAUUGAGUUAAAAACCGCAACAGGCUAAACAAUGGAAUCCUAUGGAACAACAUGCAAGCAUCAAAGUGCUUGUUUUAGUCAACAGGCUCGUAAAUAUUAUCAUAAGGGUCUGACAACAUGUAAAGGAUCCCCAUAGAGACAUAACUGUGUCUGUUUACAUCAACAACUGUAAAAAAAAAAAAAUUUAAAAAAAAAAUGUAGAAAAUGACUUCGUACAGUCAGUGCUUUAACUCAAGCUUCUUACGGUCUCUGACGUUGCACCCCAUUCAUUACCCGUAGUCGACUGGCCUACCGUGUGUUGCUGGAGUGAGUUCUCAGAGUAGAGUGCACUUCGACAAUCGAAGAUAAAAUAACAUUUACGAGUCUGUCAGUGUUUACAACAAGCGGUUUACUUUGACGUGCAUGCUUUCUCCAUAGGCUUCCAUUGCAUAACCGUUUUGCAGUUGUCAGUUUAAGCGUUUCAACAAAAUACUGGACCGAUUAUGAUGGUUUCUGUCCCUAGUAAAAGUUUGGACCCAAAAGAUCUAAAAAAAAUAAAUAAAAUAGGACCCAGGUUGAAAAAUCCUAAAGUUUCCCU